UAACAAUACACUCACCAGAUCUGAAUAGAAGUAUAAAAUGACGACAAUACCCUCACCCCCAAAUCAACAAAAAAAUCAAAACCCAAUUGUAACCCUAACAUUUCAUCAAAAUCCCCAAUCCACUUCGCUCACCAGUUCAUAUGUACCAUUUUUGAUUGGAUUUCACGUGGAGGAUCUUACAUUGUGUUGCAUUCAAGUAAUAUAGAACAAUCUUACUAUCAUUUUAGUUACCUCUUAAACGUCAGUAAUUGCUAGAACGACUGAUGGUUUUUAAGAGGUCAGUUGUUGCAAGUUAAGCUAUGGAGGAACAACCUUUUAUUGUUGGUCAAGAGUUCCCUGAUGUCAAGUCCUUUAGGAAUGCAAUUAAAGAAGCUGCGAUUGCACAGCACUUUGAGCUUCGCAUCAUAAAAAGUGACCAGGUACGCUACUUUGCCAAGUGUGCUGCGGAAGGUUGUCCCUGGCGGAUACGAGCAGUUAAGCUUCCCAGUGCUCCAACAUUCAUUAUAAGAAGCAUCGCAGGGCCACAUACUUGUGGUAAAAAUGCCCAAAAUGGACAUCACCAAGCUUCUGUUGAUUGGAUUGUGAGUUUCAUAGAGGAACGCUUACGAGAUAAUAUGAAUUACAAGCCCAAAGAUAUUUUGCAGGAUAUACAUAAACAAUAUGGGAUCAGCAUACCCUACAAACAAGCCUGGCGUGCCAAGGAGCGUGGCCUCCAAGCAAUUUACGGCUCUUUUGAAGAAGGAUACUUUCUCCUCCCCGCAUAUUGCAAGCAGAUCAAAACAACCAAUCCUGGUAGUAUAGUGGAAAUAUAUACUACUGGUGCAGAUAACCGAUUCCACAGGCUCUUUGUAUGUUUGUACGCUUCUAUCUAUGGGUUCCUGAAUGGUUGCUUGCCAAUCAUUAGCCUUGGUGCUCUCCAUUUGAAGAGCAAAUACCUUGGGACAUUAUUGUCAGCGACUUCUUAUGACGCUGAUGGUGGAUUUUUUCCACUUGCUUUUGCGGUUGUUGAUGCGGACAAUGAUGAGAGCUGGAUUUGGUUUUUAUCAGAGUUGUACAAGUCUCUAGAGAUGAACAUAGAUAGAGUUCCACAGCUUACCUUUCUAUCAAAUGGACAAAAGGGCAUUAUAGAGGCAGUUAAAAGAAGAUUUUCAAGUUCUUAUCAUGCAAUUUGUAUGCGCCAUAUGAGUGAGGCCAUUGGCAAAGAGUUCAAGAAUUCAAGACUCAGUCAUCUCUUGUGGAAAGCUGCAUGUUCCACCACCGCCAUUGGUUUCAAGGAAAAGAUGGCAGAAAUUGAAAACAUGUGUCCAGAUGCAGCAAAAUGGCUUCAACAGUUCCCUCCGUCACAAUGGGCGUUGUUAUAUUUUGAAGGAAAGAGAUAUGGUUAUCUCUCUUCCAAUAUCGAUGACUUCAACAAAUGGAUUCUUGAAGCUCGAGAGUUGCCCCUAUCUCAAAUUAUUGAAAGGAUUCACAUUAAAUUGAUUUCAGAAUUUGAAGAAAGACGGAUAAAGAGUGUUUUAUGGUUCUCUGUGCUUGCCCCUUCUGCUGAAAAACGUUUGAUGGAAGCAGUGGACCUUGGUUCUUCAUAUCAAGUCCUUCGCUCUGACGAGGUGGAAUAUGAGGUAAUAUCAGCAGAAAGAUCAGAAAUUGUGAAUAUAGGCACCCAUUCUUGUUCUUGCCGUGAUUGGCAGCUGUAUGGCAUACCAUGCUCCCACGCUGCUGCUGCUCUCCUCUUUUCUAGAAAAGAUAUUUAUGCUUUCACUGAUAAGUUUUUCACCGUAAGUCGUUAUAAUGAAGCAUAUCUGGAAAUUAUACAUCCUCUUCCCAGCAAGAUUGAAUGGCAGAAGGAUGCUCUACCUUCUUUGGAAGAUGACACACCUGCGGUAAGGCCUCCAAAGUCCCGCAGACCUCCUGGAAGGCCUGAAAAGAAGAAAAUGUGCAUAGAGGACCUAAAUCGUGAGAAGCACACUGUUCAUUGUAGUCGGUGCAACCAAUCAGGACAUUACAAGACAACUUGCAAAUUAGAGACUGCCAAGAAUCUGGAGCAGUGCUAGCUUUUAGAUCUAAGUCACCAGAACUCUAGGUCCGUGUAACAUGUAGAAAUUAGUGAUAAGUCAGUGUUUGUGCAACUAAUACAAGUUAUAGAGGUGUUGUAAGAUAUGACAUUGUCAUUGUAAUUAUAAAUGUAUCAUCUUCGAACAUCAUCAAA